AUGUCCUUAUCCGUCCAAGUCAAAUUGCCAGAUGGCUCCACCUACACACAACCAACAGGGUUGUUUAUCAACAACGAGUUUGUCAAAUCUAUCAAGGGGGAGAAGUUUGAAAGUAUUUGUCCGGCUACCGAAGAGCCAAUCGCUGCUGUCUAUCGGGCCUACGAGGAAGACGUCGACGUUGCCGUCAAGGCUGCUCGCGAGGCUUACAACACCGUCUGGAAGGAGACUGGUGGGGUUCAGAGAGGCAAGUUGUUGUUCAAGUUAGCCGAGUUGAUGGAAAAGCACGCCGACGAAUUGGCGGGUAUUGAAGCUCACGAUUCGGGUAAGCCAAAGGCCACCAAUGCCAUCUUCGAUGUGGAAGAAAGUGCCAACUGUAUGCGCUACUUUGGUGGCUGGGCCGAUAAGGUCACUGGGAAGUCUAUCCCGUUGGGCAAAGAUAAGUUUGCUUACACCCUCCAUGAACCAUACGGUGUUUGCGGGCAAAUCAUCCCGUGGAACUACCCUCUUGCCAUGGCUGCGUGGAAGCUUGGGCCAGCUUUAGCUGCAGGUAACUGUGUAGUCUUGAAGACUUCUGAAAUCACACCAUUAUCCAUGUUAUGGCUCGCCAACUUGAUCAAGGAAGCCGGUUUCCCACCUGGUGUGGUGAAUAUCCUUUCGGGGUUCGGUAAGGAUGCUGGUGCCCGCUUGGCCUCGCACGAAGGCGUUGAUAAAAUCGCUUUCACCGGUUCUACCGCGACUGGGCAGGUCAUCCAGCAAUUGGCGUCCAAGAAUAUGAAGGCUGUCACCUUGGAAUGUGGUGGUAAGUCUGCUUUGGUUAUCUUUGACGAUGCUGACUUGGACCAGGCUGCUAAAUGGGCUGCUAUUGGUAUCAUGAGCAACCAGGGCCAGAUCUGUACUGCCACCUCCAGAAUCUACAUCCAGGACGGUGCGUACGACAAGUUCUUACAGGCGUUUAAGGCGCAUGUGGAAGAGGAGUACACCAGCAAGCAAGGGUGCCCAUUUAACGACACUCACGUCGUGGGUCCUCAAAUUUCCCAGCCACAGUACGAGAAGAUUUUGUCGUACAUUGAAAUUGGUAAGAAGGAAGGCGCCAAGCUUUUGUCUGGUGGUAAGACUCCAGCCUCGCUGACCAAGGGUUACUUUAUCGAGCCAACCAUUUUCGCAGACAUUUCUCCAGACAUGAGAAUCGCCAACGAGGAGAUCUUUGGUCCGGUGGUUGCCUGUGGUAGAUUCAAGACCUACGAAGAGGGCCUCAAGUACGCUAAUCAGACACAGUACGGGUUGGGCUCGGCUGUUUUCACCCAGGACAUCGCUAAAGCGCACAGAUUUGCCAGUGAUUUGGAGGCCGGUAUGGUCUGGAUCAACUCCUCCAACGACUCUGAUAUCCACGUUCCGUUCGGUGGUGUCAAGAUGAGUGGUGUUGGCAGAGAAUUGGGUGAGUACGGGUUGACUAUCUACACCCAGGCCAAGGCUGUACACGUCAACAUGGGCUCCAAGUUGUAA